CAGCAAAGUGGCGGUCUCUUCUUCUCUUUCUCUCAACAACCCCUUUUCACACCCUCACCACUACAAAACAAUGUCCUCUCCUAAGCAGCGCCUCGCGCUCGCCAUCUGCGACUUCCUCAACACAUCGGCCACCGACGGCUCCCUCGCCGCCGAGGACAAGGACUCCAUCGACGUCGCCGUCAACUGCAUCGCCGAGUCUUUCAAGGUCGACCCCACCGACUCUGCCGCCGUCUCCUCCGCCGUCGGCGCCCAGAACCUGCUCCAGAUCUUCUCCGUCUACGACAAGAUGAAGGCCGCCACCGCUGACACCGCCGCCGGCGCGCCCACCGAGGUCUCCGAGGACAAGAAGAAGGAGGCCGAGGCCCUCAAGAGCAAGGGCAACGCCGCCAUGGCCCAGAAGGACUACCCCGGCGCCAUUGACCUCUACACCCAGGCCCUUGCGCUGCACCCCACCAACGCCAUCUUCCUCUCGAACCGUGCUGCCGCGCACUCGGCCGCCAAGGACCACACGUCGGCCAAGAUUGAUGCCGAGGCCGCUGUCGCCAUUGACCCGACCUACACUAAGGCCUGGUCGCGCCUGGGUCUUGCGCGCUUUGCGCUCGGCGAUGCCAAGGGCGCCAUGGACGCUUACGGCAAGGGUAUUGAGUAUGAGGGUAACGGUGGCUCGGAUGCCAUGAAGAAGGGCUACGAAACGGCCAAGCGCCGUGUCGAUGAGGCUGAUGAGGAGGGCGAUGCGCUGUCCCGCGGCGCUGGCGGUGCUGCUGGUGGUAUGCCCGGCGGUAUGCCUGACUUGGGUAACUUGGCGUCCAUGUUUGGCGGUGCUGGUGGUGCUGGUGGCGGCGGCAUGCCCGAUCUUGCGUCCAUUAUGAACAACCCCAUGUUUGCUAGCAUGGCCCAGAACCUCAUGAGCAACCCGGACAUGAUGAACAACUUGAUGAGCAACCCCCGUAUCCGUGAUAUGGCCAACCAGUUCAACAGCGGCGGCGGCAUGCCUGACCUCGGCAGCCUCAUGAACGACCCCAACCUGAUGGAUAUGGCUAGAAACAUGAUGGGCCCCGGUGGUCCUGGUGCUCCUGGCGCUGGUCAGGGCCAGGGCGGCAACGGCCAGCAGCAGUAGAGCGAUUGGUGGGUAUGAAUGAAAGCAUGGAGUAUAUGAAAAUAGACUAUAGCAAAGUGGAAUAUACAUGAUAUCAUGAUAUAAGCCCUUCUCAACGGGCACUGACUUCUGAUUCGAUACAGGAGUUCCUGUUCUGUCUUGGAGUAGUACAUUUAAUGUCCGUGUUCCUGUAUGCGAUGAUCUCCUGCUGAUAGUCCCGCUCUGCCAUCAGUUCUGCGUUGCAGAUGGUAAAAGCCGUCGUAGGGAAUGAACGGUAACUUGAUGGUGGUGCCAGUAUGCCAUAGACGAUUGUACUUUCUGCUAGUUCUGAAAAUAGAAAAAUUUCCGAACUUGCAUGUCUGAAUGGG